AGAGAGAAACGCUUGGCUGGGAGAUGCAGUCCACCGCCGCCGCCGCCUCAGCCAGCAAUGCAAGAUUAGAUCUCUAAAUGCAGCAAAACACUGCCUGAAAACAGAGCAGCCUGCGCAGCGAGCAGACAUUUCACGGUGCGCCGGAGAAGAUUCUGAAAUAAUCUGUGACUCUCGCAUCCCCACCAAUUUCAUCACGGUAGACCAGUAACAAGUAAGGAUUUCACUUUCCGAUCUGCCUGGAGACACACCUCCCCUCUCCUCCCCCACCCGAUGGGAAGACUCUUCCGUAGGCUGUCGGCGGGAGUGGAUUUGCGGCUCCCUAGCGGGAGAGAGGGAAACCUACUGAUUCUUCCGCUCAUGAUCAACCCUCCCAGGCGUGAUUUCCUCCUUCUCGCCGGCCUCGUCGUUCAAGUUUGAGCCUCCCGAAGUCCGAACGGCACGGACAAAGCCCCGGGCUCGCCCCCAGCCGCAGGGAGCCGCCGCCUUGCUCCCAGCCCCUGCAGCUAGCUUCGAUGCACCGCUGCUCUCGCCCAGUGCGGAUGCUGUAGAUCAACAGGUUCGGGGGGAACUUGAGCGGAAUCCGGAGAGACUGCCCAGUGCCGCAGCCCGGCUGCGGAAGAACCGAAGGACCCACAGACUUGGGACUCUCAGCUCCCGCGCUCGUGGAGCCCGGGGCCCCAGCCUGGCGCGCACCCGCCAGUUCUGCCCUCCAGUCCGGCUGCUCCUGCCCCCACCCCGCCGGUCUGGGAUGUACCUAUCCAUCUGUUGCUGUUUCCUCCUAUGGGCCCCCGCCCUGACGCUCAAAAACCUCAACUACUCGGUGCCCGAGGAGCAAGGGGCCGGCACGGUCAUCGGUAACAUCGGCAAGGAUGCUCGCCUGCAGCCGGGGCUUCCUCCGGCUGAGCGCGGCGGCGGCGGGCGCAGCAAGUCCGGCAGCUACCGGGUGUUGGAGAACUCGGCGCCGCACCUGCUGGACGUGGACGCGGACAGCGGACUCCUCUACACCAAACAGCGGAUCGACCGCGAGUCCCUGUGCCGCCACAACGCCAAAUGCCAGCUGUCGCUGGAGGUGUUCGCCAACGACAAGGAGAUCUGCAUGAUCAAGGUGGAGAUCCAGGACAUCAACGACAACGCUCCCUCCUUCCCGUCUGACCAGAUCGAAAUGGACAUUUCCGAGAACGCAGCCCCUGGCACCCGCUUCCCGCUCACCAGCGCGCACGACCCAGAUGCGGGCGAAAACGGCCUCCGCACCUACCUGCUCACCCGCGACGACCACGGCCUCUUCGCCCUGGACGUCAAGUCCCGCGGCGACGGCACCAAGUUCCCGGAGCUGGUCAUUCAGAAGGCGCUGGACCGCGAGCAGCAAAACCAUCACACGCUGGUGCUGACGGCCCUGGACGGCGGCGAGCCGCCGCGCUCGGCCACGGUGCAGAUCAACGUGAAGGUGAUAGAUUCCAACGACAACAGCCCGGUCUUCGAGGCUCCCUCCUACCUGGUGGAGCUGCCCGAGAACGCCCCGCUGGGCACGGUGGUCAUCGACCUGAACGCCACCGACGCGGACGAGGGGCCCAACGGCGAAGUGCUCUACUCCUUCAGCAGCUACGUGCCCGACCGAGUCCGGGAGCUCUUCUCCAUUGACCCCAAGACCGGCCUCAUCCGGGUCAAGGGCAACCUGGACUACGAGGAGAACGGCAUGUUGGAGAUCGACGUGCAGGCCCGAGACCUGGGGCCGAACCCCAUCCCAGCCCACUGCAAAGUCACAGUCAAGCUCAUCGACCGCAACGACAACGCGCCGUCCAUCGGUUUCGUCUCCGUACGCCAGGGGGCGCUCAGCGAGGCCGCCCCGCCCGGCACGGUCAUCGCCCUGGUGCGGGUCACCGACCGGGACUCGGGCAAGAACGGGCAGCUGCAGUGUCGGGUCCUGGGGGGAGGAGGGACGGGCGGCGGAGGCGGCGGGGGCCUGGGCGGGCCCGGGGGCUCCGUCCCCUUCAAACUGGAGGAGAACUAUGACAACUUCUACACGGUGGUGACGGACCGCCCGCUGGACCGGGAGACCCAGGACGAGUACAACGUGACAAUCGUGGCGCGGGACGGGGGCUCGCCUCCCCUCAACUCCACGAAGUCGUUCUCGGUCAAGAUCCUAGACGAGAACGACAACCCUCCCCGCUUCACCAAGGGGCUCUACGUGCUGCAGGUGCACGAGAACAACAUCCCAGGAGAAUACCUAGGCUCGGUGCUGGCCCAGGAUCCCGACCUGGGGCAGAACGGGACCGUGUCCUAUUCCAUCCUGCCCUCCCACAUCGGCGACGUGUCCAUCUACACCUAUGUCUCCGUGAACCCCACCAACGGGGCCAUCUAUGCCCUGCGCUCCUUUAACUACGAACAGACCAAGGCUUUCGAGUUCAAGGUGCUGGCGAAGGACUCGGGGGCACCCGCGCACCUGGAGAGCAACGCCACGGUGAGGGUGACCGUGCUGGACGUGAAUGACAACGCUCCGGUGAUCGUACUGCCCACGCUGCAGAACGACACCGCGGAACUGCAGGUGCCGCGCAACGCCGGCCUCGGCUACCUGGUGAGCACCGUGCGAGCCCUGGACAGCGACUUCGGCGAGAGCGGGCGCCUCACCUACGAGAUCGUGGACGGUAACGACGACCACCUGUUUGAGAUCGAUCCGUCCAGCGGCGAGAUCCGCACGCUGCACCCCUUCUGGGAAGACGUGACGCCCGUGGUGGAGCUGGUGGUGAAGGUGACGGAUCACGGCAAGCCCACCCUGUCCGCCGUGGCCAAGCUCAUCAUCCGCUCGGUGAGCGGCUCCCUGCCCGAGGGGGUGCCCCGGGUGAACGGCGAGCAGCACCACUGGGACAUGUCGCUGCCGCUCAUCGUGACUCUGAGCACCAUCUCCAUCAUCCUCCUAGCGGCCAUGAUCACCAUCGCCGUCAAGUGCAAGCGGGAGAACAAGGAGAUCCGCACUUACAACUGCCGCAUCGCCGAGUACAGCCACCCGCAGCUGGGCGGGGGCAAGGGCAAGAAGAAGAAGAUUAACAAAAACGAUAUCAUGCUGGUGCAGAGCGAAGUGGAGGAGAGGAACGCCAUGAACGUCAUGAACGUGGUGAGCAGCCCCUCCCUGGCCACCUCCCCCAUGUACUUCGACUACCAGACCCGCCUGCCCCUCAGCUCGCCCCGGUCGGAGGUGAUGUACCUCAAACCGGCCUCCAACAACCUGACUGUCCCGCAGGGGCACGCAGGCUGCCACACCAGCUUCACCGGACAAGGGACUAAUGCGAGCGAGACCCCUGCCACUCGGAUGUCCAUAAUUCAGACAGACAAUUUUCCCGCAGAGCCCAAUUACAUGGGCAGCAGGCAGCAGUUUGUUCAAAGUAGCUCCACGUUUAAGGACCCAGAAAGAGCCAGCCUGAGAGACAGUGGGCACGGGGACAGUGAUCAGGCUGACAGUGACCAAGACACUAACAAAGGCUCCUGCUGUGACAUGUCUGUUAGGGAGGCACUCAAGAUGAAAACUUCUUCAACUAAAAGCCAACCACUUGAACAAGAACCAGAAGAGUGUGUUAACUGCACAGAUGAAUGCCGAGUGCUUGGUCAUUCUGACAGGUGUUGGAUGCCACAGUUCCCUGCAGCCAAUCAGGCUGAAAAUGCUGAUUACCGCACAAAUCUCUUUGUACCCACCGUUGAAGCUAAUGUUGAGACUGAGACUUACGAAACUGUGAAUCCCACUGGGAAAAAGACUUUUUGUACAUUUGGAAAAGACAAGCGAGAGCACACUAUUCUCAUUGCCAAUGUUAAACCUUAUUUAAAAGCCAAACGUGCCCUGAGCCCUCUCCUCCAAGAGGUCCCUUCAGCAUCAAGCAGCCCAACCAAGGCGUGUAUCGAGCCUUGCGCCUCGACAAAAGGCUCCUUGGAUGGUUGUGAAGCGAAACCAGGAGCCCUCGCCGAAGCAAGCAGUCAAUAUUUACCCACUGACAGUCAGUAUCUGUCUCCCAGUAAGCAACCGAGAGACCCUUCCUUCCUGGCUUCCGAGCAGAUGGCAAGGGUCUUGGCAGAGGUGCAUUCCCGAGCAAGCCGGGAUUCCUCCGAGAUGGGCGCUGUUCUUGAGCAGCUGGACCAUCCCAACAGGGAUCUGGGCAGAGAGUCAGUGGAUGCAGAAGAAGUUGUGCGAGAGAUUGAUAAGCUUUUGCAGGACUGCCGGGGAAAUGACCCUGUGGCUGUGAGAAAGUGAGAAACAAAGAAGCAUUGGCAUUUUCUUGUGUCUUCUGCUGAUUUAUAAACGAUCCCUCCUGGUGACAGCCCAUUUUACAGGGAAGAAGAAAAACCAAUGCUGCUUUAAGGCUUUUAGUGAACAUCUGAAGUGCCCACAAGUAUGUCCUUUUCACUGCUGUUUCUUUUUCAGAGGUAACAAUGGGUUUGUUUUGACCAAACUUAAAGUAGGACAGAACUAAUGAUGGUUAAAGA